CAAACACACAACCAAACACAGGAGUCACUUUUGGGGGAGAGGGAGGUUUGUCCGAUCGGCGUUGGGCGAAACAAAAAAUGAUUCCAGCCCCCGCAUCACUGUCCGCCGUCAACCAGCAACGUAAAGACGCGACAAAUGACGGGCGAGGCUUUAGGCGCAUCGAGUCAUGGGCGCGAGGAGGGGAGGUGGUUUGGGAGGGGGCGGAGGUGGCCUGACGAGUAAGGAAGCAAGACGGCAGAGUUCGGCCCAAUCGUUCAUGGUUCUCAAUGGCGGCGACCGCUCGACUUGGAUUUCCUCAACCACGCUUUAUACCAUUUUGCAUGGCUUCACUGGCGUUCAUCGAGCUCGAGCUCGAGCUCGCGACAGUAUUGGCGUUUAUUUUUUAUAGUAGGGGCUUUACUUUUUUAUUAUCUUCCGUCUUCUUUCGCUGUUGUCUUCAUCCCACAAUUUUUCUUAUCCGCUUGCAUUUACACGGCGUUGGAUACCGGUCAACGAUCGAAAUCGGCACUUGGUCGUUUUCUCUAUUACCCUUACCGACAUCUGUGGGCCCCCUCUUCGAUGGCUGCACUGGUCGGACCGUAGCGUUGGAUAGAGGUGGAGGUGGUGGUGGCGAGCGGCUCUGCCAAUCCCACUUCUCCCUUUUUGAUGCCUUUUUCCCAUUUAGACAAGGUCUCGUGCACGCACGCUUUAGGCACGUCGGGAUGUGUUUUUUCUUUCUCUUUUUCUUUUAUUGUUCGUUUCAGACCAAUCGUUAUUGUGUAGUAUAGGCCACGGCGAUGGCAUACGAGGCAAGCUAGUCCCCCAUGUCAAAGGUAGUCUCAGUCUAGUAGAUCCCGGAAAUGGCAGCCCGUCACACCAAAAA